GCCAAACAAUCUUCAAUUCUUUUUACAGAUUUUGAAGAUAAUAGAAGCCCUCAGCAGCAAAGAACUGGGAAGUCGUUAUUUGGAUUAUUUCCUUAUAAUCCAAAUAUGAUUGGACUUGAGUCACUAGCUGACCCGUCAGACACCUGGGAGAUUGUUGACACAAUUGGCAAAGGAACUUAUGGAAAAGUUUACAAAGUCAACAACAAGAAAGACGGCAGUCUUGCAGCGGUGAAAAUCCUAGAUCCAAUCAGUGAUGUGGAUGAAGAAAUUGAGGCAGAAUACAAUAUUUUGCAGUCGCUUCCAAAUCAUCCAAACGUUGUCAUGUUUUAUGGGAUGUUCUACAAAGCUGAUCAAUAUGUGGGAGGACAACUCUGGCUUGUUCUAGAGCUAUGCAAUGGUGGCUCUGUUACGGAUCUUGUCAAAAGCAUCUUGAACUGUGGCCGACAUCUGGACGAAGCCAUCAUCUCGUACAUCCUCUAUGGAGCUCUCUUGGGUCUUCAGCAUUUGCACAACAACAGAAUCAUUCAUCGUGACGUCAAGGGGAACAAUAUCCUGCUCACGGCAGAAGGAGGAGUCAAGCUGGUUGACUUUGGAGUUUCUGCCCAGUUAACCAGCGCACGCUUACGUAGAAACACGUCUGUUGGGACACCAUUUUGGAUGGCUCCUGAGGUCAUUGCCUGUGAGCAGCAAUAUGAUUAUUCGUAUGAUGUGCGAUGUGACGUGUGGUCUCUUGGAAUAACAGCAAUCGAGUUGGCUGAUGGAGACCCCCCUCUUUCUGCUAUGCACCCAGUAAAAGCUCUCUUCAAGAUCCCCAGAAACCCUCCCCCAACUUUACUUCAUCCUGAAAAAUGGUGCAGAGGAUUCAGUCAUUUCAUUUCACAGUGCCUUAUUAAGGAUUUUGAAAAGAGGCCAUCAGUCAUUCAUCUCCUGGAGCAUCCAUUUAUCAGACAAGCGCACGGUAAAGACAUGACCUUAAAAAGACAGCUGGCUGAACAAAUUCAGACUCAACAGCAAUCAGGGUCCAUCUCUAAAACAAGGUAUGAACGCAUGAACACCAGGCGCCCAAAUGUCCUGCAGAAGGAGAACAGCUGCCUGGACGAUGACUUGGUGAAUCUAGAAGUUUUGGAGGAGGAAACGAUAAUCCAUCAGUUACAGACGCGUUUUGCUGAUUUACAGAUAUAUACCUAUGUCGGAGAUAUAUUAAUAGCUUUAAACCCAUUCCAGAACCUCAGCAUUUACUCCCCACAAUUCUCAAAGCUAUAUCAUGGAGUGAAGCGUGCGUCAAACCCGCCACAUAUAUUUGCUUCUGCGGACGCAGCAUACCAAGGCAUGGUCACCUUCUGCAAAGACCAGUGCAUUAUCAUCAGCGGAGAGAGUGGUGCUGGGAAAACAGAGAGCGCACAUCUGAUCGUUCAACAUUUGACCUUCCUCGGAAAGGCUAAUAACCGUGCAUUACGAGAAAAGAUUCUACAGGUAAACCCCUUGGUAGAGGCCUUUGGAAACGCAUGCACGGCAAUCAAUGACAACUCGAGUCGCUUUGGGAAGUACCUGGAAAUGAUGUUUACACCAACAGGAGCAGUCAUGGGUGCAAAGAUUUCUGAAUAUCUCUUAGAAAAAUCCCGGGUUAUAAAACAGGCUGUAGGUGAGAAAAACUUUCAUAUAUUUUAUUAUAUUUAUGCCGGACUCCACCAUCACAAGAAGCUUUCAGAAUAUAACCUCCCAGAAAAAAAACCUCCUCGGUAUAUUGACAAUGAAACGGGUACAGUCAUGCAAGAUAUUCUUACUAAAGAGUCCUAUAGAAGGCAGUUUGCAGCAAUUCAACAUUGUUUUAGGAUUAUAGGAUUCAGCAAUGAGGAAGUACAUUCAGUCUACAGAAUUCUAGCUGGAAUCCUAAACACGGGGAACAUAGAAUUCACUUCUAUUUCUUCCAAACACCAAACCGAUAAAAGUGAAGUUCCAAAUGGAGAAGCAUUGGAAAAUGCUGCUGCACUUCUUAGCAUUGGUGCCGAAGAGUUACAGGAAGCUCUCACCUCCCACUGUGUAGUUACAAGAGGAGAAACAAUUAUACGCACAAACACAGUGGACAAAGCAGCUGAUGUUCGGGAUGCUAUGUCAAAAGCACUAUAUGGCAGACUGUUUGGCUGGAUAGUUAAUCGUAUUAACAGUCUUCUUCAACCUGACAAAAAUAUAUGCAAUACUGAAAGUGGAAUGAAUGUUGGUAUCCUAGAUAUUUUUGGAUUUGAAAACUUCAAAAGAAACUCUUUUGAACAGCUUUGCAUUAACAUAGCCAAUGAGCAGAUCCAGUUUUAUUUUAAUCAGCAUAUAUUCGCACUGGAGCAGAUUGAGUAUCAGAGUGAAGGGAUAGACGCAGCUCUGGUGAAGUACGAGGACAACAGACCUCUUUUAGACACUUUUCUUCAGAAACCAAUGGGACUCUUGUCUCUCCUGGAUGAAGAAAGCAGAUUUCCUCAGGCAACAGACCAGACAUUAGUUGAUAAAUUUGAAGAUAAUCUGAGAAGCAAAUACUUUUGGAGACCGAAACGCGUUGAGCUAAGCUUUGGCAUCCAGCAUUACGCCGGGAAGGUUCUGUAUGACGCGUGUGGGUUUCUUGAAAAGAACAGAGAUACUUUGCCAGCUGAUAUUGUAGUUGUUCUCAGAACUUCCGAAAACAAACUUCUUCAGCAACUGUUCUCAAGUCCGUUGACCAAAACAGGUAAUCUGGCACAAUCGAGAGCAAGAGUAACAGCAGCUUCCAGAUCUUUACCUCCACAGCUAAAUGCUGGGCGCAUUAAGGUGGACACAAUGGAAAUGAUGAGACAUCCAGAAGAGACAACAAAUAUGAAAAGACAAACCGUGGCCUCAUACUUUAGGUAUUCGUUGAUGGAUCUUUUAUCCAAGAUGGUUGUCGGACAGCCUCAUUUUGUCCGUUGCAUUAAGCCAAAUGAUGACCGGGAAGCAAUGAAAUUUUCUCGAGAACGGGUGCUCAUGCAGCUGCGUUACACCGGAAUUCUAGAGACUGUUAACAUCCGCAGACAGGGGUAUUCCCAUCGAAUUUUGUUUGAAGAAUUUCUGAAAAGAUAUUACUAUCUUGCCUUCAAAGCCCAUCAAAAUCCGCCUGCAACAAAAGAAAGCUGCAACGCUAUCCUAGAGAAGGCGAAACUCGACAAAUGGGUUCUGGGGAGAACUAAGGUGUUCCUGAAAUAUUACCACGUAGAGCAAUUAAACCUGUUACUGCGUGAAGUUAUUGGCAGAGUGGUGGUCAUGCAAGCCUACACCAAAGGUUGGCUCGGUGCCCGGAGAUAUAAACGGACCAAACAGAAAAGGAAUAAGAGUGCCACAUGUAUUCAGUCAGCAUGGAGAGGAUAUGACGCUCGGAAGAAAGUUCAGAAAUUAAGGGUCCAAAAAAAUGAAGCAGCAACUACCAUUCAAUCAGCCUUUAAAGGAUAUGUUGCCAGGAGAAAUUAUACUGAAUUGAAGAACAAUAAAGUGGAGUCCAACAAAGAUCCUAGUUCAAUCUAUGAAUGUGAAGUUGGCACAUGGCAAGAGAAUUUUGACUCAAGUCAUUCCCCGGAAUUAAACAACAUCGAGCGGCGGACAGAAGAGGAUAUAGAUCUUUCAGAGUUUCCAAGUUUGAGAAAUUCAAACGAGCCUCGCGUGAUUGCAAAUCAUCGCCUCUCAAACUGUGCAUCCUAUAAAAGUACAGGUUCUGAGAAAGGAGUUCGUAAGAAGAUGAGGACAACUAGACGGCGUUGUCAACAGCCAAAAACCCUCAACAGUCCCGAGGACAGCCUGUAUUAUAAUCAGAUUAAUGGAACUCUAGAAUAUCAUGGGAGCAAGAGGAAACCAAGAAAGCUUGGCCAAAUAAAAGUUCUAGAUUGUGAGGAUGAGUAUUACAGGUUAUUGUCAGCGACAGAUUCCAUUCCCGAGGAGGACCUUCCACUCAGUGCUACCUUAGAACAGAAAGGAAUGUUCUUUGCUCCACGCUGAAAUGUUAUACUUCAAUCCUGGCAGCUCAAAAACUGAUUUAUGUUAUUCAAGAACGGAAAAGAAAUCAAUGGAUAUACAAGCACACUCUAUGCAUAAUGUAUUACUCUUACAAAUAAAGAAAAACCUUCACAUGUUCAAAUCCUUUAAUUCAGAAGAUAUAUUGUCUUCUUGUUAAGACACUGCAUUUGCCUUUACAUGAAUACAAUUUUUUUUGCAUAUUUGUUUUGUUAUUUUAAAUUCGAUAGUAAACAAAAAGAUGUUUUUUUUUUUUUUUACUGAGCGAGUUAAUAUUCCAGUUUGUUCUUUAUAUUUGUGUUGGCUAAUUAAACUUCAAGAUCAUCAGUGCAGGUGGAGCCAAUGGGACUUGGUCAACUACUACAGUGUUAUAGUGUAGUCUUGUUUUAAGUAAGUUUGCCCACUAUUGCAGUUGACUCAGGCCAUAUUGAACGCAAAGAUGAAAUGUGUCACUCACAUGCUCCUUAAACUGUGGUGAUUAAGAGCGGACUGACACCUUGGCCCCGUGGAAAGUCAGACAAUAGGUUUCUCUUCUUCUGGGAAAGAAACACAACUUAAGAGUCACAAAAUUAUUCAAGAAAAAGCUUGGUUUAUCCCCACCUUUCACCUUUUUACCUUGAAAUUUCACAGUGUGAAAGUCCUAUUCAGCCAAAGUACCAUUCAUUAUCCUACACAGCAUGCAUCUGCUGCUUCAACCUGUCUCAUCCCUACAGCAAAAGAAAAACAAUAAAGAGCUGCAACGUCAAAAUAAAUGUCAAAAAGAUUUAUUCCACCAGUCUCGAACUGGCAACGUUUCUACCCGACUUCAGGAUCUUUGUCAAGCUUUGCCAUUUCUACACUGGUGGAAUAAAUCUCUUUGACAUUUAUUUUGGUGUUGUGGCUCCUUAUUGUUUUCUACUGCAUGUGAGGUAAUUUGAAGGAAGCUAUGGAGAUUUGCAUCCAAAUUUAUACUAGAGUGCUGGCCCUCCCUAUUGUUUUGUACUCAUUCCUACACCAG